AUGUGUUACUUGAGUUUUGGCAUCAUGCUUUCUUACAAGUUGUCAUCAGCGAGCAGCAGAUUGAAAUGGUCAUUCAUUUUCUCGCCGAUUUGGAUUCUCGAUUUCUUGAUGAUUACAACUGCAAUUGCGCAUUUAUCAGAAAACAAAUGCGCGUAUAAAAACGAAGCAUCGAAGGAUUUCGAACUUGGAAUCACGAACUUAUCGAAUGGAAUAUUCUCGAGCUUGUUUACCAUCAUGCUCUUUCUCAAAUUAGAAGAACCCAGUUGGAUCGAAAGGCCCUUGCCCAACUUGUGUAUUUUCAUCCCUCUUUGGUCCCUUCUACUUUUCAACAUAGUCCUUUAUUCUUCAAAGCAAUACAAGCAAAGGGGCUUUUAA